AUGAACAGCACAAGGACUUUUCAGUCGCAGCCGCUUUCUAAGGUUCUCCACAUCGUCUAUUUUCUGCUACUGAUCUUACCUUCGGCCUUCUUCCUUGUGAUGAUUUUCAUGGGUGAUCUCGGCAAGCAUUCCAAGGGAAUAUCUCAGAAAGACGCCAAGCAGGGAGCUGGAGCAAAUGCCUGGGCCGUAUUUAGAAGUGAGCAUGGCGAUGAUCGUUGCCCCUUUGACCUCGAUGCCUUGCUCGUGUGGUUUGGAGCAGUUGGACUGGCAGUUCUGGUGGUGGACUGUGCCAACGACGGCAGCUUUGGCGUCACAGCGAUCGCGAGCUGCUUGAGGGCUUUGUUGCUGCUCACGCCCUUUCUCGGCAUGAUCUGGACACAUGCCUUGAGUCGAAGUGAUGCCGAUGUUUGCGGACCCUACGUGUUCUGGACGUCCAAGUGGCUGUGGAGCGCGUUGGCUUCGUGCGAACUGUACUUGGCAUGCCUCUUGGGCUGGAGCUUCCAUGUGGCCCGUGUCCACGAGCUAGCCCUGCGCCGGAAGGCAGAUGACGACAUGGAUGCGCAGCGGAAUCCUUCGUCGCCCCAACGCCUCCAAUUCAUGGACUUCGGAGCAGCGACUUUCUCUUAA